UAUUAUCUGUUAAACAGUUCCGUUAGUUCGUCGUUAUCUCCUUUAAUCUAAUCGAACAUUCCUAACAAAAUCCCCAAAAUCACAAAACCCCAAAAUCACGAACCCUAAUUUUCGAUUCAGAUGAGUUCUAGCUCGGAGACAUCGGUGGUUGCUUCGUCCAACCGUGGAGUGCCAUCCAAGUGCAUUUGUGGAGUCGGUGUGAGGAUCUUUACAUUGAGAACCGAAGAAAAUCCUGGUAGACCGUUCUUCCGUUGUUUAACCAAAAGAGAUCCAAGCUCGUGGACAAACAAAAGAGAUGGUCACUUGUUUAAGUGGGUCGAGGAGGCGGUGUAUGAGGAAGUUGAUGAUGCAUUACCAAAACUAGGACUUAUGGCGAAUGAGAUCGUGAAAACGAAAUCCCAAGUUAAUGAAUUGACUGCUGCUUUACUAGAGUUGAAGGAAGAAGCAUUGUGGAGCAAAGUGGAAAUCCGCAAGUUCAGAACGUUAUUGAAAGUGUGUUUUGUGUGUGUUGUUUGUAUUUGUGUUUUCUCAAUUGGCAUUGCUUACCUAGUGAUUGGUAAAGCACAACAAAUGAAGUUUGUUCUCGGUUAUUAG